AAAGCAUUAAAAAAAACAAUGAAACAUUAAAUAGAUAAAUAGUUCAUUGACAAAAUAAUUUACAAUUACAGAAGAAAUAUUUCCUCAAAAAUAUCACUGGUACAGAUUUAUUUAAGUUUGUUUUUAUUCGAAAUAGAAUUCUUAAUAUACACAAUAAACCUUUGGAAAACAAUAAUUCAAUAAAGGAAAUAAAACUAGAAGAAUGAAAAUUUAUUACAUUUUAUUCAUAGUUUUAUAUCUGUUUGUAUUAUCUGCUGGACAUAUGGAUGAUGAUAUUUAUCAGUCAGAAAAUGGGCUCUAUCUUACAUAUCCUUACAUGUCGGAUGAUCAUAUGAUAGAUAUUCUGGAUAGUAAAGCAAAACACUCUGCGUUUGGAACUAAACAAAAAUGGUAUCCAAAUGAUCUAGAAAAUUUAGAUAAGAACAAGGUGUUUUACGUCCAUCGUAGACGAUUCACUCGACCAUAUGGUCGAUAAGCACAAACAGAAAUAAAUAAUAAAUGAAAAUCAAAUCAGAAAUUGUUCAUUAGUUCUUUUUUUUAUGAAAAAUAACGAAAUAUAUGAGUGGAUUUUCUGCAUAAAUUCAAUUGAAGAUGUUGUGUAUUUAUUAUAAUGAAAUAAAAUGUUGAUUCAUUCAA